AUGGUUGCCGUGCAACGCACCGUUGUGCGCCGCGGCGACACGCUGAUAGUGGACGGCGUGGCCUACGACCUGCAACGUUUUGCACAUAUUUACGUUGUCGGCACCGGCAAGGGAAGCGCCGUCAUGGCGCAGGGUCUGGAGGCGAUUCUGGGCGAUCGGAUCAGCGCCGGGGCGGUGACGGUCAAGUACGAGCACGUCGCGCCCGUGGAGCGGGUGACGCUCUACGAGGCGGCCCACCCGAUCCCGGACGCCGCCGGGGUGCAGGGCGCCAACGCCGCUAUGGAACUGGUGCGGCAGGCGGCCGACGACGACUUGGUGUUCUGCCUGUUGUCGGGCGGCGGUUCGGCGUUGUGGCCGGCUCCGAGCGGCGGUAUUUCGUUGGCCGAAAAGCAGCGCAUGACCGGCCUGCUCAUCGACUGCGGCGCGCGCAUCGACGAAAUCAACGUGAUCCGCAAACACCUGUCCGCCGUCAAGGGCGGCCAACUGGCGCGGUUGGCCGCCCCGGCACGGCUGAUCACCCUGGUGCUGUCCGACGUUGUGGGCGACCGCCUCGACGCCAUCGCUUCCGGGCCGACGGUGCCCGACCCGACGACGUUCCGGGACUGCCUGAACAUCCUGACGCGCUACGACCUGCUCGACCGCUUGCCGGACAGCGUUCACGCCCAUUUGCAACAGGGAUUGGCGGGGAGCGUGCCCGAAACGCCCGAGGCCGGUGAUCCUGUCUUUGAACUGGGGCAGACGGUGGUCGUGGCGAACAACCGUCUUGCCCUGCGCGCCGCCCGCGAGGCCGCCGAGGCGCGCGGGUACACGACCCUGUUGCUUUCGUCAACCCUUGAGGGCGAGGCGCGCCACGUCGCCCGCAUGCACGCCGCCAUUGCCCAGGAAAUCUGCCAGAGCGGUCAGCCGAUCUCGCCGCCCGCCUGUAUCAUUUCCGGCGGCGAAACGACGGUCACCGUGCGCGGCAACGGCAAGGGCGGGCGCAGUCAGGAAUUCGCCCUCGCCGCCGCGCUGCACAUCGCCGGAUUGGACGCCACUGUCGUGCUGAGCGGUGGCACCGACGGCACCGACGGCCCCACCGACGCCGGCGGUGCACUGGUCGAUGGCCGCACGGUGGCGCGCGCCGAAGCGCUCGGUUUGCAGCCCGAGGCAUUCCUGCACCGCAACGACGCUUAUCAUUUCUUCCAGGCACUCGACGAUCUGUUACUUACCGGGCCGACCGGCACCAACGUCAUGGACAUGUACGUCGUGCUCGUCGGCGCCUGA